CACAGAAUGCAGAGGGAUGCGGUUCAGGGCGUGUUGCUAUUGCUGGCAGGUGGAGAAGCAGGUUGGACAGGUUGGCUCCCUGAAUGCAACUCUGCUGAGCCCUCCUCCCUCCUUCCCUCCUUGUCUCUCCGGGCCGACUGCUGAUUCACUCUCAUAUGUUGGCCCAGUGAAGAGCAUUUGUUGCCUGUGCACCUGUUCUCACCUGAUAUACCCUUUACGAAUAAGAGUAAACCCCCCAAAAAGGAAAUGGGACUGCAUUUAAAAAUCACAGCAGGCCUCCUUCUGCUUAUCCAGGCCUUUCACCUGGCAUCGCUCCAAAAUUCAACCGACUCUCCGGGGCGGACAAUUGAUAAAAGUUGGCUCCGUGCUGGCUUACUUAAACAUCUGUCUGAAAACCAAAACGCUACAGUUACUGAAGAGGAGACAGAGUCAAGAAUUGAAUUCAGCAGUGGGAUAGCAUCUGGCUUCAUGACUCAUGAAGACGAGGAGAAUGUGGCAGGCCAAGAUACGGGUGCAAAUGAAACAUCUGAUGAGCGGACUGCUGACAAUAGAACCAAUGGUCUCACAUUUCCCACCAAUUUUACAACCAAUCAACCUAAUUGGCCAGAAACCACCAUUUCUCCAUCUAAUGCAACUUCAGUUAUCACAAACUCAAGUCAGAUCAACAUUACAGAAAGUGAAGAAAAAUCAUCGACCAUGAGCCCUCAAAACUCAACAACUCAUCUUAGCGCACCAAACUCGACCAGCUUUUCAGAUAACUCCAAUCGCACCGAUUUGCCGACAACCACCUUGUCUCCAGAGAUAAAUGCUACUCAAGAAUCCUCGAAACCCGGCACAGAUACAGGGUUAACUAAUGCUACCGGAUCUACCAACACAACAACUGUAAUAACCACAAUGAAGCCGGAGAUAAAGGAAACAUCCACCACAUUUACCACCACAUCUUCAUCUACAACGGUCUUACCAUCCAAAACCACAGAAACGAGCCCUGAGAUUACAACUCCCGCUGCUCCGAUCACACAUGAGAAGGCCAACAAUACAGACCGAGAUGCAGCCUCAGGGGGCAGCGAUGAACGAGGUUUGGCAGCGGAGAGCAACAUGAGAAAAAGAAACCAAGCGUGGGGAGCUGUUCUGGGAACGGCGGUGGCUGUGGCCGUCGUGGGACUGGUAGCCUACAUCAUCCUGAAGAAGAAACACCAGAAGGGCUUCUCUCACAGGAAACUGGUUGAGGACUAUCCUUCAGACCCAGUCAUCAGAUUAGACAACAGCGAACCUUUGGACUUGAACUUUGGUGGCUUGGCCUAUUACAACCCAGGACUCCAAGGGGACAGCAUCCAAAUGACCAACUUCCCAGGACGCCGCUGAAACUGAAACGACUCCCGAGACCAAAUUCAUGAACUCCAAGGAAAGAAAGUUGGCCAAAUUGGCAUCUGAUAAACAGCCGAUAUUGCUGAGUUUUGUAAAUAAGACAUUUGUGGAUGGAAAGAUGUUUGUGGAAUAAUGCAUUAUGUUGAGUAGAUUUAUAUAACAGAGGGAUCACUGAAGGCAAUCUAUCUGAACUAUACCGUAACAGCCAAAAUUAAACACUGUCAGACAUUUAUUUAUUUUGCCAAAGGGUAUCCAAUGAAAACUUUCAUAAUGGAAAAUAUGAUUUGCAGUCAAUGAAUGAUGU